UCCUUCGUUAUCCUGAAAGAGCCUUACCGCACCGCUUGUUCUCAUCACCCUUCAAAAGACAAAAGCACCAACUCCUCCAAUAAUUAUUCAAAUAAUUCAUGGAUUUUCUUUCUCUUCCCGCUUCCUUCUCCCCCAUAAACCUCGCCGCCAAGCCCCACAAGCCCUCCCCUCCCCUCCUCCAGUCCUCCCGGAAAACCCCGCCGGAGACGACCGCCGCCCCGCGGCUCUCCGCUGCCGUCCGCCGCCCCCUAGACCCCACCACCACCCAGACCACUCCUGACCCGUCGAAACCCCGCCAGAAUCCCCCCAACCCUCUCGCCCCCAAGCUCUGGCUCUCGAGCAAGCUCUCCCCUCCGCCUCCUUCUCCUACUCCUCCGCCGCUCGAAGAAACCCUAGAAAACGAGUCCAGGGUCGGACAUUCGCCCUCUCCGGCUGCCAACAAUGACUCCCUCUCGCCUACCUCCGAAUUCCGUCAAAAAGGUAAGAUCUUUGUAGGCAACCUGCCGCUUUGGAUCAAGAAGAACGAGAUCGCGGAGUUCUUCCGGCAGUUCGGGCCCGUAAAGAGUGUCGUGCUGAUCAAGGGCCACGAUGAUCCCGAGCGGAACGUGGGAUACUGCUUUGUGAUCUAUGGAGGUCCCACUGCGGAGGAAUCGGCCGCGAGGGCUGUGGAGUUUGACGGCAUGGAAUUCCAUGGGAGGAUUCUUACCGUUAGGCUGGAUGACGGGAGGAGGCUGAGGGCGAGGUCGGAGGAGAGGGCCCGUUGGUUGGCGGGUUCUGACCAGAGGGAGUUCCGGUCCAAGUGGCAUGAGGAGAGGGAUAGUGCUUGCAGAAGGUUCCGGAAGGUUUUGGAGACCCAACCGGAGAAUUGGCAGGCGGUGGUCUCGGCUUUUGAGAGGAUACAGAAGCCAUCUAGAAGAGAGUAUGGUUUGAUGGUUAAUUACUACGCAAGAAGAGGGGAUAAGCAUCAUGCCCGUGCUACUUUUGAGAACAUGAGAGCAAGAGGAAUAGAACCAAGCUCAUAUGUGUUUACAAACCUUGUUCACGCUUAUGCAGUUGCUAGAGAUAUGCAAGGGGCAUUAGCUUGCAUUGAAGAAAUGAAGUCUGAGGGCAUUGAGUUGACGCUGGUGACAUAUAGUAUUCUCAUCGGAGGCUUUGCCAAUGUUGGUGAUUCUAAAUCUGCAGAUAAGUUGUUUAAGGAGGCAAAGCAGAAAAUUACAUCCAUGAAUGCCAUCAUAUACAGCAACAUUAUAUAUGCUCAUUGUCAAACUGGUAACAUGGCUCGAGCUGAAGAUUUGGUACGGGAAAUGGAAGAAGAAGGGAUUGAUGCCCCUAUUGAUUUAUAUCAUACUAUGAUGGAUGGUUACACAAAUAUUCGGAAUGACGAAAAAUGCUUAAUCGUGUUUGACAGACUUAAGGAAUGUGGGUUCUCGCCUUCAGUCAUCAGUUAUGGUUGUCUUAUUAAUUUGUACACGAAGAUUGGGAAGGUCUCAAAAGCUCUUGAAGUUGGCAAGAUGAUGAACUCAUAUGGCAUUAGACACAACAGCAAGACAUACUCAAUGUUGAUCAAUGGUUUUAUCCAGUUAAAUGAUUAUGCCAAUGGUUUCAGCAUUUUUGAGGAAAUGCUGCAAUCAGGAUUAAAACCUGAUGCUAUCCUCUAUAAUAUUAUAAUAAAUGCAUUUUGUAAGAUGGGUAACAUCGAUCGAGCAAUUCGUCUUCUUGACAAAAUGCAAAAAGAGAGGCAUCGACCUUCAGCUCGAACAUUUAGGCCAAUCAUAUAUGGCUUUGCAGCAGCCGGAGAUAUGAAAAGAGCAUUGGAGAUUUUUGAUCUAAUGAGGCAAAGUGGUUGUGUUCCAACUGUAGAAACAUACAAUGUUCUUAUUCUUGGUCUCGUCCGCAAGCAUCAGAUGGAGAAAGCUAUUGAAGUUAUUGAUAAGAUGUCUCUUGCUGGGAUUCCUCCCAACGAGCACACUUACACAACCAUUAUGCAAGGCUAUGCUGCUGAUGGUGAUACUGGCAAAGCUUUUGAAUAUUUUACAAAAAUCAAGGUGAAAGGUCUAAAGCUUGAUGUUUUCACCUAUGAAGCAUUACUCAAGGCAUGCUGCAAGUCAGGGCGGAUGCAAAGUGCUUUAGCAGUAACACGGGAAAUGAGUGCUCAGAAAAUACCACGGAACACAUUUGUCUAUAACAUCUUAAUAGAUGGAUGGGCUCGAAGAGGGGAUGUUUGGGAGGCUGCAGAUUUGAUGCAACAAAUGAAACAAGAUGGAGUUCUUCCUGACAUCCAUACAUACACCUCAUUCAUAAAUGCGUGCUGCAAGGCAGGCGAUAUGCAGAGAGCAACUAAGAUGGUUGAAGAAAUGGAGGCUGCUGGAGUGAAGCCAAAUGUUAAGACUUAUACCACAUUAAUAAGAGGAUGGGCACAAGCCUCGCUUCCAGAGAAAGCUUUGAGAUGCUUUGGAGAGAUGAAAUUGGCAGGAUUGAAACCUGACAAAGCUGCAUACCAUUGCCUGAUGACUUCUCUUCUGUCAAGGGCAACUGUGGUUGAAGAAUACGUCUACUCUGGAAUUCUAAGUGUUUGCAAGGAAAUGGUGGAAAAUGAUCUGACUGUUGAUCUAGGAACUGCUGUUCACUGGUCCAAGUGUCUUCUCAAGAUUGAGAGAACUGGAGGUGUACUUACUGAGGCACUGCAGAGGACUUUUCCUCCUGCUUGGAACUCGCAUGAAAUUUCUGAAAUAGGUUCUGUUCAACUAAGAAAUCAUUUUCGUGAUUACAGCAAUGAUGAUUUUAGCAAUGGUAGUGAAGAACAUGAUGAGUAAGCUGCAUUCUGAUGAUAUUAAAUUUAAUUCAUAUUCAGAGCCAAAAGUGUCAAUUUUGUAUCUAAUUAUUGAGAUUUCAGCAUCAGCUAAUGAGCAUUUCAGCUGACAUAGGCAUGUAUAUGCAUUGUGUUAUAUUUGAUCAUUCCUUUUCUCCAUAGGAAGAUCACCUUGCUGAUAUUGCAUCUUAUCUUAGCUCCUUUUAUUGUCCAUAGAUUCUCUCUUCAAAGAUGUAAGUUAUUAAGAGAACCCCCUAAUGUAAAGUAAUAUCUAUUAUAUCUGUUUCUUCA